GAUUGAAAUGCGCAUGCGGGCAAGUAGCUCAUUAUGCAUAGAAAAGGGCAGGACGACUAUGGCUACUUGACUACUGCCCGAAGUCGCUGGUUGGUUGUCACGCAUUUUAAUUAAUGUAGCAAUUUGUUAGUGGCUAAUUAUAGUAUAUUUGGUAUCAGAAUCACCGUAAACUUCCCUAGAACAAGUACCUUACCGUAGCAGACCAUGGACAUCCAACAAGCCCCUGAAUUUCGAGCGAAACCUCGCGAUGCCGAUCGGGGCGGAGCAGGCGACGUGGACAAUAACACACCCGUUUACCACGAUACAAAUCAAGCGAAUAUGAAUGCGGAAACAGACGGUAUGCACAACAAACACGCUGAUCGUAGUACUCAGCUGCUCGACCCAGCUGCUCAGGGUGCCCAACUCUGCCUCCUUGCCUCCAAGUCUCAUAAGAGCAAUGUCUAUAAAGCAUACGAUAGAACCAGACGGGCCCGGUCAUUCAUUCCUCACUGGGUGGUGGAGUAUCCCUGGCUGGAAUUCAACCCAGAGAAAGAAUGCAUGUUUUGCAUCUAUUGUCGGGAAUAUCAGAAAAUACACGACGCCGAAUUUACCAACACGUUCGUACAUGGCGCCACUAACUUUCGACUGGAUUCUGUGAAAGCUCAUGAUAAUAGCACCAAACAUCGACAGGUCAUGCUCGUUAUGAGCGGGAAGAUAUCGAUCAUUCCGAAACCGAUGUCCAAGCUGCCGAGAGCAACCGGAGAUCGACUUCGGGUUGGAUCAUUCUUUGAUACAGAGGUUAAUGAUGGAUCGUAUGAUGUCAACGGAGUGGGUUCUGCUUCACAUCCUUCGAUGCAUAGGCCAACAGAAGUAAUAGAUGAUGAAGGAGGCCAAAAGCACAAUAUUCCAUCAUCUUCUGAUCUGCUAGAAGAGCCUUUUUCUACACCAAACCCAAUGGCCAAAUACAUCAAGACUCUGCAGAAUAUAUAUCCUCAUCUUUCCCUAAAUGGGGUUUCAUCCGAGAACUGCCAGCCCACCAACAUUCUUCAGCAGCAGCCAUCUCAGUUAACAACUCCACCUCCAUCAAGAGUGGGAGAUGCAGCUCCACAGGGAAUGGAGAUGGAGGAGAAUAUUGAGGUGUUUAUCAUUAAGGAAGAACCUUCGUCUCCCGGUCAGGAGGAGCAAGCACAGGGGAAUUACGAAAGGGAGCCAGGUGUGGAAGAUGCACCAUCCACUUCCACAGGAGGAGGAGGGAAGAUAGGGAGGGCAGUUCCUCCAAUGCGAAAGGUUUGGAAUGUCACUACCAAUGGAGCAGCCUCCUUAUCACAGGAGGAAGAUGGUGUAGACCAGGGGAAUGACUAUGAACAAACAGGUAAUGACACUAGCGCUCAUCUAGACCAGGACCAUGAAGACGAGGCUGCUGAAGGUCUACUGCACCAUCCUGGAGCAAUGCAAGACUUCUUCAUCAAUCCAGUGGUACCAGUUAUGAGACAGGGAAGGAGAACAACACGACUCUUACCUAAAGCGAAGAGGCAGAAGUUAGAGAUGUUAAUGGCUCGGCAGAUGCAUGGGGAAGAUGUGAAUAACAUAAGUGAUGAUAGUUCAGGUGACCCACGGUUUCAUUUUGACCAGGAAGGAGACUUGGGUUCUGGAAAGUCAUCCUCAAAUGACUCCCAAUGGAAACAGCUGGCAGAAUCAUUUUUAACAAAGUAUAACCAACUCAGUGAGGCCCACUCAAUUAUGAUGAAGCAAUUCCAGAGUAAGAUUGCCAAACUAGAGAGUAAGUGUAAGGAGCUUGAAGAGUCACGUUCGUCCAGACAGAGGGCACCAGCCGGCAACUCAAAUCAAGAGAAUCAGGAUGGCAUUCCAGGGCAAAAGGAAGCUUCGGGAAGCUCGCAAUCAUCCCCAAGGAUCAACAUGUACAGCUCAGUGAUCGUACUGCAACUACAGGGUCAGGAGCCAAUCAACAUCAGUAGCACUUCAGACAACAACUUCAGUGCGGUCCAGGAGAGCCUGUCACAAAGUGGCAUCCACAUAUCCCUAGGAGCAAGUAACAUUCCAAAUACCUUGGAAGAACAGGUCAGUAACCUUUCAAGACCAGUUCAAAGGUCAUUAUCAAAGGCGGGAUCACCUACAACAUCCUCAGAGACAACAGCAGUCAUAUCUGAUAAUGUAAGUAGGUAUAGUAGAGCCAGAGACUCAAACCAGGUGUCAGGAGUGGGAUCGACUGUCCAGAAUGAAUCGGAAAUCCAGCAUUCUGGCCAUGAGAACCUGUCAUCAGACAGACGUGGUUACCUGAUGGGAAAUGGAGUAGCUGAUGGUUCAGCCCCCUCUGAGUGUCAACCCCCUGCUCCUGGUAGAACUGAUAGCACAUCCCAUAAUGCGGCCAAUGACCUCAGUUGUGAUAGUGUAUCACACAGUAAUAAUCCAGCAGUCGCGUUGCGUGACUCUUUAAGUGAUUGUACGGUAGAUCAGCAUUCUGAUGAACAUGAAAAAAUAGCAUCUACUAGUGCCUCCUCAACUGCAGAUGACAUGGUAUAAAAUUAGUAAAAUUUAUUGUUAUUUUUAUGUGCUGCACCAAGAUUUUUCACCACAUUUAUACACAAAAAAAAAAGAAUCUGAUCCAAUUUCUUAGAGAUCUAAACCCAACUGAAGUUUGUUUUAAAAAAAGUCUCAUAUAAUUUUUAGGGAAAAUUAAAGAUUUGGUACAAUCAUAAAAUACAUGCGAAGAAGAUGAGAUCUUACAUCAGGUCUAAUGUACAUUGCACAAAAUUAAUACAAUAUCUAAACUGUAAAAAAUUUAGGACCCCAGAAUUUUGCUUAAUUUCUUUCUUGUUUUUUGGUAUGAAAUUAUUUCUCAGGUAUGGAAUGGGAUAUGAAUUUUCAGGAUAAAAUCAAAUUUACUGUAUAAGCUUUUUUGACAAAAGGUAACUUGACUUUCACGAAAAAUUUCAAAAGGCCUUAUUGAAAAUUAAUAUUACCAAGAGAGAAUGGGUUAAGUCAUAUUGCCCAAAUUCUUUGAAUGUUAAACCUCAUACCAGUUACUGAGAGUAUCAAGGAAGAUUUAAAACAUGUAUACUUCCAUAAAAUUUAUGAAUUGAUGUCUUUUUAUAUUAGAGUUGUGUUUAUUUAAAGCUAUAUAGGACAAUCAUCAAUUGAGAAGUCAAUAUUGUUGUAAAUAUGGAGAUCACUACUGCCCUCAUUAGUUCACAUUUGGAAAGGUAACCAAUGUCAUCUCCUUGUUCAGAACUUUGGAAGGUAUAUCAUCUGUGGGUUGUUAGGAAAAUUGAAAAGAUAUAGAUAUAUUUAGUGCAGCUAAUAAAAUUAGAAAAAAAUACUAAUGUUGGACAUUGUCUGAAAGGAAUCCCUUAAAACACUUUAUGGAAUAGAUAAUUUUAUCUAUUCAUUUUCAUGAUACAUAAGCACAUCUUUCCGCAUUCUCCUUUUUUUCAUUUUCGCAUUUGUUCACCUUUUUUUACCCUUCUGUUCUUAUUCUCCUCUUUUUUUUACUUUUUUUUUUCUCUUUUCCCUUUUAUUUAUUGUUAAAUUUCCCUCUUAUUCUCUCCUCAUUGAGUUUCUCUUUUAUCUUUUCUGCACAAAUAAAAGAGUUGUCCACUUUUUUUUCCUUGGCAGUGACACCCAUUCAUUUGCUUAUGUUUGCAGAGAUAAUGUUUUUUCUUGCUGUCAUUUAAGUAUUAAUAGUUAGAUAUAGAUACUUUAGAAUUUGGAAAUGUAAGGAUUACUUUGAAGGACAAGACCACUUCACCAGGAGGAUGAAUGACUAAAGAAAUAUGAAUUAGAUAGGCAUAGCAUUGCAAAUUUCAUCAAUAUUUCUAAUUUAUUUAUUUCUUAUUUAUUUUAAAGGGAAAAAUUAUUGUUGUUGUUGUUG